UCUUGGCGAUCCACGCUCCCUCCUGGCGUUUACAAUCACCUUCUCAGGCAACACAGCCAAAUGGAAAUGGAACGCCAGGAAGUCAUCCAUGAUCUCGUCAAUUUCGACAAAGAGUUCGUCAAGUCCUCCAUGCACGUCAUUCACACAUACUUCCUUUCACUACGCACGCGCGACUCGCGAGCCUGGCUCCCCGGCCUGCCUGCGGACAUGAUGCGCUUGUUCGAUUGGCUUGAGGACAUCGUCAAUCUACACGCGGCGAUCGGGCGCGCACUCACGCCUCUUGUCGUCGCGUGGAAGGGCGGGGCAAUCGUUGAGCGCGUUGCGGGCACGCUCCGGACGUUCGUGCCACAGUUUGAGAUCUACAUGCCAUAUCUGGUCAAGCUGGACAGCGCGAAAGAGGCGGUGCGGUGGUACGUUGAGAGAGACGAGGGCGAGUUUGGGGAGUACCUUAGGAUGUUGAAGGCGGACGAGGAAAGUGACGGCGAAUGGGCGCUCGAGAAGUUGGUCAGGGAGCCGAGCUCAAGGCUAGAGAGAUAUGUCGAAUAUUUCCAGGUGCGU